AUGACAGUUGACACUCGUAGGUACAACACAGCAUAUUGGCUGUUUAUCAUAGUUUUCCAGUAUGACAAGAAACCAGAAUACAAUAACCAACUUCUGAGAGCAACAAAUUUAUUGAUAACUGCUGUUAGGUUCAUGAACUCACUAAGAGAUCAGAUUUUAGAACCUGAGGUUUUUCAUCUUCAGCCCAAGAAAAGUAAUACACCUUUGUUUAGAAAGGUCACCGGAUUUCUACCAGAAUCUCUAUCAUGGUAUGGAGCAUAUUUAUUUAAGGCAUUUCCACUAGACAUGAGCCAGUUCAGUGGGCUUUUUGGUGCGACUCGCAUACCGUUACCAAAUAAAGAUAAGAUUAUUAGAGACCCAACAAGUAGACACAUUCUAGUGCAGAGAAAUGGAAGUUUUUAUAUCUUUGAUGUAUUGGAUAAAGAUGGAAAUUUGUUACCACCAUCUGAAAUGCUUGGAAAUUUAUCACAAAUUGUUAAUGACAAUUCACAGAAAUCUCAAUAUCAUUUGGGAGUAUUAACUUGUCAGAAUCGUGAUAAGUGGGCAAUGCAAAGACGGUACUUAGAAGAGAAUGGUAAUAAGGAAGCUUUACACAAAAUAGACUCUGCUAUUUUUAACCUUAUUCUUGACGAUGAAAACAUAAAAGAUGAUAAGCAUAAACUUUUAAAACAUUUCUUGCAUGGAGAUGGCCUGAACAGAUGGUUUGACAAAUCAUUCAGUCUGAUUGUGACACAAGAUGGUUGCUCAGGAGUAAAUUUUGAACACUCCUGGGGUGAUGGUGUUGCAGUGUUAAGAUUCUUUCAAGAGCUUUACACAGAAACUACUACCAAGCCUUUUGUUCACCCAGAUAGCAAACCUAUAAAUAAUAAUAUAACUGUUAAAAAACUUGAGUUUCAACUUGAUGAUAAAGCCAUUCAGUUUAUAGAAAAUGCUAAGAGAGAAUAUAAGGAAUGGUGUGACUCAUUGAGCAUAGAUUAUAUACUUUAUGAAGGUCUUAACAAGGAGGCAUGUAAGAAAUUAAAAGUCAGCCCUGAUUGCAUAAUGCAGCUAGGAUUUCAGGCAGCUUAUCACCUGCUUCACGGAAAAUAUGUUGGUACUUACGAGUCGUGCAGUACGUCGGCAUUUAAACACGGUAGAACUGAAACUAUGCGGCCUUGCACCGAAAAAACCAAGCUAUUCUGUGACUCGCUACACUCGAACAACCUUUCAAAGGGGGAGCUGCGUUCGAUUAUGCAAGAGUGUUCAGCAUACCACACGGAACUAGUUAAGCAGGCGUCGAUGGGCCAGGGCUUCGAUCGCCAUCUGUUCGCCCUGAUGAAAGUAGCCGAGGAGAACAAUAUGAGUCGUCCAGAGUUUUACGAUUCCUACGAAUAUAAGUAUCUGAAUAAAUCUGUGCUUAGCACUAGCACUCUGUCAGCUCCCAGCGUGAUGGCCGGAGGAUUUGGUCCCGUCGCCAAGGAAGGCUUCGGUAUCGGACAGCGGAGCUGGCCUGGAUUUUCGUCUGGGGACUCCUCAACCGCUCGCUUCGCUCUUCUCGCUCAAUUCGAGUCUCCCAAUGAGGCCUUUGUCCACAAGACCACAAAACCAGCCGAAACAAUACUCCGCAUUUCC